AUGUUCUAAAAUACAAAACAUUUAAGAAAAGUAUUAUUUUCAUCAGCUAUUCAAAAUGGCUCACAAAUCUAGGAUUUUGCAAGUAUUGAUCCAGCAACAUUGAUUAAAAUGGGACUAAGAUAAAAUUCACUUGAAAUAUUUAAUAGUCUUAGAGAUCGAUUAAAUUUUUGUAAAUAUGAAAUGAUUACUGAUUACAGAAAUCUAAUGAUUUAUGUUUAGAGAUCUCAUAUUAAUCAAUUUAUAGAUAGAUAAUCAUAUGAUCGUGUUAUAGCUAAUCAAUUUAGUGAGAAUUUAAUAAAUAGUCACAUGAUUUGGUUAUCAUAUAUAAUAAUGGAAGAAAAGGAUUAUAUGUAACCUUUAAGAAACUUAGAAUCAGUUUGGUAUAAAAAUGUUUUAUAUUUAAACAUCAAAUAAAUAUAUGCUGUACUUACAUUUUAUCAAAAAUUCAAUUUAUACAUUUCUGAAAGAACUCUAUAUUAAAUGCUCAAAAUAAUCCAUAAACAUUAAUAAAAUUAUCUUAAAGAAAUCCAUAUACUUUAUCAUUGUUUAUAAAUAAUUGAAAAUUAAUCAACUAUGUUAAAAAAUGAUCCAUUAUUUUUAGAUAUUUAAAAUAACAUUUCUUCAAAAAUUAAAGAAACCUAUUCUCAAGGAAAAAUAAUGGAAAAUAUUAAUUUCUUUCUUAUUCAUCCCUUAGAGGAUUUAUCAAUAAUUAAAGAAAGUUUAAAAACAUAAACUUAUUAAUUGACAUCAUAAUAAAUGAAAUAUAUCUUAACUAUCAUUCAAAAUACUUUGUAUAAUAAUCCAUCUUAUAGCUAAACUGAAUUAAAAGACAUCAUUACUAAAUUAUAAUAAUUAUUCUCUUAAAAUAAUACAUUGUCAAAUAGAUUUUAAUUCUCUUUGCUAUAAAAAUUGCUUGAUUUAGAAACAGAUCUAUCAAAAUUUGAUCCAUAAGUGGAUUAUUUAAAAAUCAAUGACUUAUAUUAUUUAUUUAAGACUAGAUUGUUCAUAAAAAAUGAUGAAAAAUUAUCAGAAGAAUUAAAACAUUACAUUUUUAAGUUUCUUUUAAAAACAAUGUAAAAUAGGAAGAUAUAUUGUGUAGAUUUUGAUCAUUUCUAUUCUAUCACUAAAAUGAUAGAAUAAAAUUAAGAGUAUAGCAUGUUGCUUAAGCCUUAUAGAGAAUAUUUGGGAGUCUAUAGUUUUUUAUAUUGA